CUUUGUUCAGCACGGGAAGACAAGGCAAGAUCAUAGGCGUUCGUGACGCUGAAGGUAGCUUCUUCAAGUGGAAGUGCAAAUCGAGCGUCAGGAUGAACUCCAGACCGGGGUCACGAUGCCAUCUAUGUGGUUUACUUGACAGUCGGAACGCCGGUUUGGGGUAUUCGAUGAGUCUGGACUUAAUAGAUUGUUGCUUUUGCAUCGAAACGUUCGUACCUCUUCACCCAGGAUUGUCAGAUACUGGGCCAAAAGGGCUGCUAUGCGAGGUAUAAGAAGGAGCCAAAUGUACACUGCUAAGCUCCUCUUCGUUGCAUUAACCUACGUUGCCGUCUGCUACGGCUCUGCCAUCUCCAGAACUGCCACUCGUUGCCCUGGUGCUCGCGUGCUCAAGACGGAGAUGAUUGGCAAAGUGAACUUCACGACGUUUGAGUGCCCCGACCAUGUUCCUGCAGACCUUAAGGCUGCUUCUACUGGCCUUCAACAAGUUUCGACGUCGCCCAACGUCCCUCGUCAGUUCCAGAAUUGUGCGGGCGGUGCUGCGGAUGCGCAGUGCCAGUGCGCCGAGUUGUGCAACUUGCCCUUCUGCACGGGGUCGCGUGCUGUUGCGCCCUUGCAGUCGGAUUGUCAGGCUAUUGCGAAUGAAUUCUCCACAGUCCCCGGUUCCUUCUUCGUAGCCUCUGGCAAUGGCGUUAGUGCAACCGUCGGCUCUUGCGAAGCCGUCUGGAUAAACGAGUCCACUGGUCAACUUGAAUACUGCUUCGAGAACUUUGGCUCUUUGGCCACAGUGACCUUUACCAACUGUGUCAUUGUCGACGGUGGAGGACAAGGAGGUUGUAUCGCCGACAAUUUCUUGUGGUUCUUCGAGUUUUUGAUCCCCGGGAACACCAUCUUGAUUCCGUAAAUCGAAAGAUGUGCAAUGGGAUAACUGCAUUGUCGUGAGCUUUGUAUGUAUGGCGAUAACGGGUAUCUGUGAAAUGUAUCUUUUCUUUGGGUUUAAUAGCGAAUAUACUGGUGUUUCUUGU